CGAUGUCCGUGAGCGCAGCCCCGCCCCCAGACCCUCCUCAUGCCCUCUCGCCUCCCUCUGGGGGUAUAUAUAGCCUGAGAGGGGUCCUGGACAGUCCCGGCAGUCAAAAUGAGACUUUUCCUCCCCGUCUGCUGCCUGCUGCCUCUUCUGGCGCUCGCCACUGCAGAUGCAGUGGAGUCUGAGAGUGAGCCGCUUGUGCCAUUCCAGCUGAAGUCUGAAGGCGAGCUGUUCAACUGCUGUGAUGGCACAGAGGAUCUAAGCCAGAGCUCCUCCAAUGAUACUCCUGCACCAAACAGACCUGUGUGCCAACCCUGUGGCACUGGUGCACACAUUGACACCACGGCAGAAGAUGUCAGCUCUGAGGAUCAAGAGGAAGAGGUUGCUUCAGAAGAGAAAUCUGAAGAGUUGAAUCAAGGGGAGACCUCUUCUGAAGAGAUAUUUGAAGAGGAGGCAGCUGAAGAAGAGGCAGAAGUUGAGUUAGAUGAAUCUAAUGAAGCGGUGGAGGAGGAAGUUCUUGAGGAGGCACUUGAAGACGUGAAGGUGGAGGAGAUCUCAGAGGUAGACAGUGAUGUAGAGUCACAAAUAGUUGAUGAGGAAUCUGUGGAAGAAGGUGACGAGGAAGAUUCUCAGACCCAUGACGAGAUAGGUGAGGAAGAGGAGGUUCUUCAGACUGAAGAUGAAGCAGGUGAAGAAGAGGAACUUGCUCAGACUGAAGAGGAGGUAGUUGAGGAAGAGGAGGUUCUUCAGACUGAAGAUGAAGCAGGUGAAGAAGAGGAACUUGCUCAGACUGAAGAGGAGGUAGUUGAGGAAGAGGAGGUUCUUCGGACUGAAGAUGAAGCAGGUGAAGAAGAGGAACUUGCUCAGACUGAGGAGGAGGUAAUUGAGGAAGAGGUAGUUCUUCAAACUGAAGAGCCAGUGGAAGUGAUAUCAGAAGAAGUAACGGAGGAAGAAUCUGAAGAAGAGGAAGUUGUAACAGAGGAAGAAGGAGCUCCUGAGGUUGUGGAAGAAGAACAAUCUGUUGAAGAACCAGAAGCCUUUGAAGAAAUGGUGGAAGCGGAAGCAGCUGAGGAACUAGUUGCAGAUGUUGUUGAAGUAGCACAAGAGGAAAGUGAAGAGCUUGUGGAACCAACUCUUGAACAGGUUCAAGACGAUGUUUCUACACCUGCUGAACAAACAACAGUGGAAGAAGUGUCAGAUGAUGUACCAGCAGCCAAAGCCUCUGCGAAAGUGGAGAAAAAAAAACCCUCAGGUCCUACCAAAAGAGAUCAGUCUCACAUCGAAGAGACGCUGCGUCUGGCAACAGCUGAACCUUCACGGGAAUUCGUCGAUGCUCUGAGGAAGCUGCAGCAUGUCUACAACACUGCAAUUAAACCCAUGGACAAGGCCUAUAAAUACAAUGAGCUCCGGCAGCAUGAAGUGUCAGAUGCAGAGAUCACCUCUAAGCCCAUGGUCUUGUUCCUGGGUCCUUGGAGCGUUGGCAAGUCUUCCAUGAUCAAUUAUCUUCUAGGUCUUGAUGACACUUCACAGCAGCUUUACACUGGGGCUGAGCCCACAACGUCGGAGUACACUGUACUGAUGCACGGUGAGAAGUUUCGCACCAUUGAGGGCAUUGUGAUGGCGGCAGACAGUUCCCGCUCUUUCUCACCGCUAGAGAGGUUCGGUCAGGGGUUUCUGGAAAAGCUGGUGGGAAUCGAGAUGCCGCACAAACUCCUGGAGCGUGUCACCUUUGUCGACACACCUGGAAUCAUUGAGAACCGCAAACAACAAGAGAGAGGGUACCCCUACAGUGAAGUGUGCCAGUGGUUUAUCGACCGUGCUGAUCUCAUCUUCCUGGUGUUUGACCCAACCAAGCUGGACGUCGGUUUAGAACUAGAAAUGCUGUUCAGACAGAUGAAGGGCCGCGAGUCACAGAUCCGAAUCAUCCUCAAUAAGGCUGACAGUUUAACCACCCAGGACCUAAUGCGUGUGUACGGCGCCCUCUUCUGGAGCAUGGCACCCCUGAUUAACGUGACAGAGCCACCACGUGUCUACGUGAGCUCAUUUUGGCCGCAGGAUUACGCUCCUGACACCAACAGAGAUCUGUUUAAGCGUGAGGAGAUCUCUCUGCUGGAGGACCUAAACCAGGUCAUCGAAAACCAGCUGGAAAACAAAAUCGCCUUCAUUCGGCAGCACGGCAUCCGUGUGCGCAUCCACGCCCUCCUGGUCGACCGCUAUCUGCAGACUUACUAUGAGAAGCUGGGCUGGUUUAGUGACCCACAUGAGGUCUUCAACGAUAUUGUGAGCGACCCUGACAAAUUCUACAUCUUCAAGUCCAUUCUGGCCAAGACCAAUGUGAGUAAGUUCGACUUGCCAGAACCAGAGGCCUAUCGGGACUUCUUCGGAGUCAAUCCCCCCAGCGGCUUUAAGCUCCUCUCCUCAUACUGCGGCUGGUCAGGCGGAUGCCUGCUGGAGAAGAUCGAGAAGGCCAUCACAGAUGAGCUGCCGGCUUUGCUCAGCAGUCUGGCAGAGAAACGGGAAGCCAAGGCCGAAGCAGCGGCAGAAACCAAGGAGAGACCCCCAAACCGGUGGAGGAGACAGUAACAGAUGAAUGGUGGGAGGGGGGUGCGGGAAAUAUGGAAGAGUGGCACCAAAGCAAUGAAUGAGAAUACAAGUGAAACUCAGAUGAGAUUCACGUCAAUGGAAAGCCAGUUAAACUCAGUAUGUACAGAGACUCUUACCACUCUGUAUGAAACAGACCUGAACGGUGCGAUUCGGUGUCCUGUUUUUCUUCCUUGUUCUAAUUUAACUCCGCUAGCAAAUUGUACUUAUUUAUACUAUGUUCAACAUAAAUAACCUGUCAUAAUCUUAUUUAAUUUAUUGUUUGAAUGCCGUUUUAAAAGUGUGAAUUAUGGAAGCUUGUUUCCACCACAGGAUUAAAAAAGAAUAAUUGAAAUGGUUAUUGCGACUUUUUCUCUUGCAAUUCUAAAAAAAAAAAAAGUCAGAAUUUAUAAAUUAGGUCAGUUUUCUCUGAAUUUUAAGAACAUAGCUCAGAAUUGCGAGAUAAACCUUUUUUUAUUUUAUUUUUUCUAUUCCCCUUGUUGGAAAAACGCUUCCAUCUUGAAUUUGCCAUAUGUGGUAGAAAAAAAGAAAAAAAAAAGAAAAACCUUUAUCUUCAUUAAUUCAGUUCCACUUGUACAUAUUUAUCAUGUUACUUUGUACAAUUUACUGGUGUGUUGGUAAAUGAAAUGAGAUUUUUGUU